AAAUAAUCAUGAUUGGAAAUGUUGUUAGUGUCUACAAAUACAGAGUUUGCUAGAAGGGCGAGUUCCGGCGGUGUUCAAACAUCCAUCAAGAGCUGAACUCAGAGCUCCUCUCUUCAACACAAUUCAAUUUCUUCUUUCACUUUGAUCCUCUCUCUCUCUCUCUCUUCAAUUCUCCCACAAAACGUAGAAACCAUGAAAUCCAGCAGAGAGAAAGAGAAAGAGAACGAUCGCUGCAUCAGUUCUCAUAUGCAGACCCUCCAUCGCCGUCUUCUCCACGCCUUAAACCUUGGCACCAGACAUUUUGAUGAGAAGACAAAUAGAUGGAAUUGGCAGUGUGCCAACAUUGAAGUGCAGAAAAAUGUGCUGCGAUCAAUUGGUGCGUUUCUUGAUUCAUUAUCGGGAGAUGCACGUGCUGCACGUCAUGCUAUUGUUAAGGAAUCUGUUGCUGAUAGUAUUUUGGGAGCAUUAUUAUGGAUUCUUCAAUGCAAAAGUGAGGCUUUGUUAAGCAUGGCAUCAAAUGUGGCAGUGAAGUUAGUUAGUUCUAUACCUAAUUCAUUAUUGCAAUUGCAUAUGUUGGAUCUUGUUUAUUGUCUGUCAUCCUUGUUAUCUUCGCAUCAAGUAGAAGUUGCAACACCCUGUGCUAUUGCUUUGAAUUUGGUAAUCUCAAAUUUGAGUGCUACAAGUGAGAAGGCAGUUAUGGAAGCAUUGAACGAAACAGAGACUUCCAUACGUAUAGUCAGAAAUAUAAAUUUUUUUGCUGAAGAUGCAAAGAAAAUUGAAUAUUUCAAAGAGAUGACUUUGCUUUUGAGCGCAAUACUGUGGCGCUGGCCUCCAUCUAGGUUCUCUGUUGGUAAUGAUGUUAUACUUAUGAAAGGCUUAGCAAACAUCCAUACAAGGACAGAGAGUUCUAUUAAAAUUGCACUUUUAAAGCUGUACACAUCUCUAGCUUUAUGUGAUUCUGUAGCAAGAAAACUUAUAGAGGAUGGAGAAGGAUUUCCACAGAUGGUUGUGCAGGCAAUGGGAAAAUCAAACCCUCAUGCUGUUCAGAUAGAGGGGUUUAGGCUUGCUCAAUGUCUAUUGAGAUCCCAAGAGAAUUGUUUAGAAGUGGUUGGUCUGUGUGGUGAAGCCCUUGUUGAUGCAAUAAUUUGUGGGAUGAAAGAAACUGGGCUGAGUUCUAAAAAAAUUGGGAACAACCAUGGGUCUUUGUCAGUGGAAGCAUGCCAGUUGGCUCUAAUAACUCGCUGGGCAGGUGAUCAUCAUAUCAAUUUUUGGAAACAAGGAAUUGAUAGAAUUCUCCUUAAUCUUCUGAUUGAAAAUAUUCAAGACCAAUUGUCUGAGCCUGUCUUGUCAUUGGAAAAACAAAUAUCCAUGGCAAAAGAGGGAUUAAAAGCCAAUUAUCAUCUUGGUCUUAGGAGUUAUCUGUGGGACAUUCUUGGGUGGCUUACUAUUCAUUGUGGAGAAAAUUUAAACCCUUAUACUCAUGGAAGCGAGCUCUGCAUCAACUUACUAAUUACAUGUGCAUGCUUGAGUUUUGUGGAUACACUUGAAAAAUGGUGCCGAAUAUGUCAAAAGGAUAUUGAUGAUCAUUUUCAAAGUGAACCAGUAUCAAGGGCUGUUCUAAUGAUGAUUCAUUCUCCAUGUAAUACCAUCUCCUCGUAUGCUAGAUUCUUAUUAUUAGAUGCACUUGAGGUGAAAGGCUUGUCAUGCUUGAAAAGCUUAAUACAUACUCUAGAUUAUACAUCAUCCCUAGAAAGCUAUGGAUCAUUUGAUAAACUUCAACUGGUUAUUAACUUAAUUGGGUUGACUUGUCUUUCAAGUUUACCAGAGUAUCAAAGCUGUAUCAUAGAGAGCAAAGGGAUAAAAGCAAUUGUUCUUCUUGUGAAACGAUGCUUAAGUAAUGAUAUUCAUGUAGAAAGGCGAAACUUCACUCCUCAUUUGCACACAACAUUCCAGGAAAGGUCUUGUUGCUGUAUGGAUAAAGAAGAUUGGGAAGGUUCCAAUGUUCUCUUAUUUUAUAGUUUGUUGGGAUUGUCUGAAAUUCUUCGUCAGUGUGACCUUCUACAAGAUAAUUCUCAGCAAUAUUCUAGAGAGGUGACAAAUAUUAGAGCUCAGUUAGUUAGCAAACUUCAUGAGAUCUGUAGUGGCAACUCUUUCAGUCCUGGAGUGAGAUGGUAUGUUUUGUAUAUUCUAACUUAUUUUGGAUUUUACGGUUUCCCAAAUGAGUUAGCCAAAAGGAUUGGGAAAUCUCUCAAUAAGGAAGAAUACUCAGAUAUGCGGCUCGUUGUAGCAAAUGGGGUGUCUGUGAGUGUUCAUGGUGUUAUUCUUGCUGUUCGAUGUCCAUCACUGCUGCCUCCUCAAUUGUUACCUAGUAUGAAGAAUUCUGAAAAGGUAACAGAUAAGUUUGUCAGAGAGACCAUGAGAGAAGUUCAAUUAUCUUCUCAUGUUGAUUAUGAAGCAUUGGUGUUGUUGUUGGAAUAUGUAUACUUGGGAUGUUUACAUGCAGGAGAAGAAACAGUGAAGAAGCUGAAAAUUCUUGCUAAGCGCUGCAAACUACAGCAUCUCCUGCAAAUGCUUUAUAGACAACGUCCAAAGUGGGGCACACCUUUCCCCAGCUUUAAUCUUACUCCAUCUCUUGGUUCAGCCGGAAGUUGUUUUUCGGAUGUUAUAUUGGAAGCUAAAUCAAAUAAACUUGUUGGGUGGACAUGCAACAUUUGUUCUGACACAGUGCCCCAUAUGCAUGUUCACAAAGUUAUAUUGCAGUCUGGUUGUGAUUAUUUACAAGGUUUAUUCCGGUCAGGAAUGCGAGAAAGUCAUUCACAAGUCAUAAAAGUUGAUAUUAGCUGGGAAGCAUUGAUCAAACUAGUGCAGUGGUUUUAUUCUGAUGAGCUGCCUAAUCCUCCCUCUGGAUGCUUGUGGGAUAAUAUGGAUGAUGAAGAAAAGCUAUUCAAUCUACAACCAUAUGUGGAGCUUUGUUGGCUUGCUGAGUUCUGGAUUUUGGAAAAUAUUCAGGAAGCCUGCUGGGAUGUGAUUAUGUCUUGUCUUGAUUCUUCCAGUCAGUUGCCCAUUAAAAUAAUCAAAAUGGCAUAUAAUCACUCUUUGUGGAAGUUGGUUGACGUUGCAGCAAAUCUCAUGGCUCCUUCAUAUCAUCAAUUACAAAAUUCUGGUGAACUUGAAGAAUUUGAUGAUGCACUAGUGCACUUAAUUUAUUCUGCUUCUAUUCAACUUAACCAAGAAGGCAAAAAUUGCUUUAGGUGAUUCAAUAUUUCCUCAAGAUGAUUCAUAGUGCAGGAGAUUAAGGAGCUAAAAACUUUGUCAUGUUAGGCAACUGCAGGACCUGAGGUGAGGCGUGCUCCAUCAUUCAAAGCAAGUAAAACGAUUUGUAGUGGUGGAGUUGAAGAUAUCAUGUCAUUUGAUUUCAGUUCAUAAACCAUCAGUUCAAAGCUCAGUCUACAAAUCAUUUUAAGUAAUUCAUGAGUUCCUCCAUCUUAUUUAUUGAAAUUUUCUAUCCCGUUCCAGCUAAUAACUAUGUCAUACACCAGCACCAAACGUGACUACAAGAAUUUGUAGGAUCUCCCUUGAAUAGAGUUUCAACGGCUAAUCAAACCCAGCAAAAGCUUUAAACGUUUUUGAAGAGUUCUUGGGGGCAGAAGGAACAUCCUUGACUAUCCCAGUUGCUGACUUCUCUUAUGGCUAGGUCCCACUUCCCGCUAAGUCAUUCUUGCUGGACUUCCACUUAUCUUGUGUACUUGCUGCUAUGUUAACAUUGGCAGCAGCCAUGUAACUCGUGUUCUUAGUCAACAUUUUCCUCUCAGCCUUCCAUUGCAGUGUGAUUUCUUGUAUAUGUGCCAAGCUUCUCUCAUGAUUUUUGGCUUGAAUAAACAGACUUGGCCAGCAUAUUCUUCCUGCAGACCAGCCCUGUAAGCAUCAACAAGGUAUUAUUCAGACAAGAAAAAUGAUCUUGAUGGCAUGUAUGAUGGUGUCCUUCGCUGCGACCAGUCGAACAUUGUUGGAGCUUGGAGGCAUCAUCUUUGGCAUAUUAAAUGCUGAAGUUGAUUAGAAAUGCCCUCCAUAGUGUAUGGACCUUUGCAAGCUUCAGAGGUGAUUUGUAUUUUAGAAUAGUUGUAGUACUUUCCUUUCAUUCUUUAUUGUUCUGGACUUGCCACGUUUACGUCUUUGAGAAAAAAUUAAGAUUGUGUUGGUGAAGUCUUGUCUAGGGGUUUAUGAACUUUUCGUGUAAUAUCCUCUUGUUCUGAUAUUGAUCUGCAGUUGGAAUAUUUUUCAAGCUGGUAUUUAACUUCAUUUUAUGCUUUGAAUUAUAUCAGGUGUGUAUUUGGACUGAA